AUGUCUGACCAACGAGGCAGGACUUCCCCUUUCUCCCCCAAAACAAAUUUCUCUUCCUCACCUUUACAUUAUACAUCUCUUCAGCCACAUUCCCCAAAACAAUUUGGUUCUCAGCCGCUGCCAAGCAACGUUUUGCAGACAUCGCCACUUCAUUCCAAACCACUCCAUGCAUCGAUGAGUGGUGGAUAUGCAUCAUCGUCAUCAGGAUACCCUUACCUGGCCAAUUCAUCUCCAAUGCACAACAAGAAAUACAAAGUCUCGAUAACGAAGUCUAUCAGUCAAUCAGGGGACUCUCAUGACACUAUGGAUAAUAUUUGUUUCUUUCUUUCUCUUUUCUUCUUUCUUUCUCUUUUCUUCUUUCUUUCUCUUUUCUUCUUUCUUUCUCUUUUCUUCUUUCUUUCUCUUUUCUUCUUUCUUUCUCUUUUCUUCUUUCUUUCUCUUUUCUUCUUUCUUUCUCUUUUCUUCUUUCUUUCUCUUUUCUUCUUUCUUUCUCUUUUCUUCUUUCUUUCUCUUUUCUUCUUUCUUUCUCUUUUCUUCUUUCUUUCUCUUUUCUUCUUUCUUUCUCUUUUCUUCUUUCUUUCUCUUUUCUUCUUUCUUUCUCUUUUCUUCUUUCUUUCUCUUUUCUUCUUUCUUUCUCUUUCUUCUUUCUUUCUCUUUUCUUCUUUCUUUCUCUUUUCUUCUUUCUUUCUCUUUUCUUCUUUCUUUCUCUUUUCUUCUUUCUUUCUCUUUUCUUCUUUCUUUCUCUUUUCUUCUUUCUUUCUCUUUUCUUCUUUCUUUCUCUUUUCUUCUUUCUUUCUCUUUUUCUUCUUUCUUUUCUUUUUUCUUUCUUUCUUUUUCUCUUUUCUUCUUUCUUUCUUCUUUUUCUUUUCUUCUUUCUUUCUCUUUUCUUCUUUCUUUCUCUUUUCUUCUUUCUUUCUCUUUUCUUCUUUCUUUCUCUUUUCUUCUUUCUUUCUCUUUUCUUCUUUCUUUCUCUUUUCUUCUUUCUUUCUCUUUUCUUCUUUCUUUCUUUCAUACAUACAUACAGUGGUCUUGAAAAAACAUCCAAAUGGUCUUUAUGCCUCAAUGCUGUGUGUGGAAUACCAAAAAAUCCACGGUCAAGAUCUGGACUACAGAGAAUUGGGUUAUCUCUCUGUGAUAGAAUUAGUAUCCAAAUUAAAGUCUGUCCGCAUUGUCCGGCCAACGGUCAGUGGAGAUUGGCUUUUAUUUGAUGCCCAGAAACCUUUUGCUGCAGUUGAAAAGAUCGUUGAUCAAAUUAAACUUUUGGAAGUAAGCAAAACCAGUCUGGUAAAAGAGCGGGAGAAGGAAGUUCGCCUCAAUAUUUCAAAAAUGCUUGAAACAAUUCCUGAAGGAGUAAACCUUGACCAAUUCAUGGAAUAUUAUAAAAAAAUAACAGGUGAUUAUUUCCAACCAGAUGAUGUUGGAUUUAAAUCUCUGGAAAGUUACAUCUUAUCCUUGGCGAGCAACAUCGUGGAGAUCAGCUACACUGGAAAUGCUUGCUUAACAAUAAAGUCUAUCAAAAUCGCCAAACAAGAAAAUGCUGCUGCUUCUGUUAUGUCACAUAAUUCACCAAAAUUGAAGACUGAAGUUUUUAACUCUUGUGCUCAGUUACCUGAAGAUGCUGUCGGACCUGGCGUGUCUUAUCGUUUGCUUGACAUUGUGACAAAUGGCCAAUACAUGGAAGUUUUUGUGAGUAAUAUUGAGACACCUGGGAAUUUUUGGAUUCAGUUUAGAGGAAGGCAACAUUCCAUUGCUCUUGAGAAAUUGAUGGAUGAUCUUGAGACAUCAUACUGUUCAUCUGAGGCAAAUGCUUACCAAGUUCCAGAUGACUUCAUCCGUGUUGGUCUUGUAGGUGUGGCUAUCUACCCAGAGGACCAAAAUUGGCACCGAAUCUUAAUCACCAGUGUACCAAACUUAUCCUAUGUUGAGGUGAUUUGUGACAGUGUUCAUGUCUCUUUAUGCGUAUCUCUCCUUCUUACUUUGUCACCAUGCACAUCUCCCUCCAGCUUUCUCUGUGUACAUCUCUCCCCAAGUUUCUAUUUCUUUCACUAUUUUUCUUCACACUCUCUAUCCCUCUUGUUCUCUCCAUCUCUGUCCCUCUUGUUCUCUCCAUCUCUGUCCCUCUUGUUCUCUCCAUCUCUGUCCCUCUUGUUCUCUCCAUCUCUGUCCCUCUUGUUCUCUCCAUCUCUGUCCCUCUUGUUUCUCUCCAUCUCUGUCCCUCUUGUUCUCUCCAUCUCUGUCCCUCUUGUUUCUCCAUCUCUGUCCCUCUCUCCAUCUCUGUCCCUCCAUUCUCUCCAUCUUCCCUCUCCCAUCUCUGUCCCUCUUGUUCUCUCCAUCUCUGUCCCUCUUGUUCUCUCCAUCUCUGUCCCUCUUGUUCUCUCCAUCUCUGUCCCUCUUGUUCUCUCCAUCUCUGUCCCUCUUGUUCUCUCCAUCUCUGUCCCUCUUGUUCUCUCCAUCUCUGUCCCUCUUGUUCUCUCCAUCUCUGUCCCUCUUGUUCUCUCCAUCUCUGUCCCUCUUGUUCUCUCCAUCUCUGUCCCUCUUGUUCUCUCCAUCUCUGUCCCUCUUGUUCUCUCCAUCUCUGUCCCUCUUGUUCUCUCCAUCUCUGUCCCUCUUGUUCUCUCCAUCUCUGUCCCUCUUGUUCUCUCCAUCUCUGUCCCUCUUGUUCUCUCCAUCUCUGUCCCUCUUGUUCUCUCCAUCUCUGUCCCUCUUGUUCUCUCCAUCUCUGUCCCUCUUGUUCUCUCCAUCUCUGUCCCUCUUGUUUAUUUUGUUGACUAUGGCAACACCUGCAUUGUGGCCCGAAAGAGUCUUCGUCUACUUAACACUUUGUUUUUUUUUUCUUUUCUCUUUCUUUUUUUUUCUUUUCUUUUCUCUUUCUUUUUUUUCUUUUCUUUUUCUUUUUUUUCUUUUCUCUUUCUUUUUUUUCUUUUCUCUUUCUUUUUUUUCUUUUCUCUUUCUUUUUUUUCUUUUCUCUUUCUUUUUUUCUUUUCUCUUUCUUUUUUUCUUUUCUUUCUUUUUUUCUUUUCUCUUUCUUUUUUUUCUUUUCUCUUUCUUUUUUUCUUUUCUCUUUCUUUUUUUUCUUUUUUCUCUUUUUUCUCUUUUUUCUUUUUUCUCUUUUUUCUUUUCUCUCUUUUUUCUUUUCUCUCUUUUUUCUUUUCUCUCUUUUUUCUUUUCUCUCUUUUUUCUCUUUCUUUUCUCUUUCUUUUCUCUUUCUUUUCUCUUUCUUUUCUCUUUCUUUUCUCUUUCUUUUCUCUUUCUUUUCUCUUUCUUUUCUCUUUCUUUUCUCUUUCUUUUCUCUUUCUUUUCUCUUUCUUUUCUUUCUUUUCUCUUUCUUUUCUCUUUCUUUUCUCUUUCUUUUCUCUUUCUUUUCUCUUUCUUUUCUCUUUCUUUUCUCUUUCUUUUCUCUUUCUUUUCUCUUUUCUUUUCUCUUUUCUUUUCUCUUUUCUUUUCUCUUUUCUUUUCUCUUUUCUUUUCUCUUUUCUUUUCUCUUUUCUUUUCUCUUUUCUUUUCUCUUUUCUUCUCUUUCUUUUCUCUCUCUUUUCUCUUUUCUUUCCAAUCUAA